GUCGUCGGCGGGUCGCGCGGCCCAACGAUGAGCCCCAGUUAGCUGGGCCCCGGGGGAGGAAGCUGGCCGGCGGGCACGGGCGCCGAGUGGCACGGGGCGAUGGCGGCCGUCCGAGGCAGCCCCUCCGCCCGCUCGGUCGCGCCUAAGGGGGCCGCCCUCUCCUGCCCCACCCAAACGGCACCCACCGUCCAGGCCCGACCCCGUGUCCGGGGCUUCCCACAGUUCUGGGGUGAAGAUUUCUUAGCCAGUUUAAUGUUUAAAAUUAAGCUGGAGCCCUUAAAAAUGAGCGCGUGGACGCUGAAUGUGUUUGUAAAGUUUCGGAACAAAGAGCCCAGCAGAGUGCCCGCUGCAGUCAUGGGGAAGGAUUAUUACAAGAUCUUGGGAAUCCAGGCCGGGGCCAACGAGGAUGAGAUCAAGAAGGCCUAUCGGAAAAUGGCGCUGAAGUACCACCCGGAUAAGAACAAGGAUCCCAGCGCCGAAGAGAAGUUCAAGGAGAUCGCCGAGGCCUACGACGUGCUGGGCGACGCGAAGAAGCGGGCGGUGUACGACCAGUAUGGUGAAGAAGGUCUGAAGACGGGCGGCGGGUCGUCCGGAGGCUCAGGCAGCACCUUCCACUACACCUUCCACGGCGACCCCCACGCCACCUUCGCCUCCUUCUUCGGGGGCUCCAACCCCUUCGACAUCUUCUUCGCCAGCAGCCGCUCGUCCCGGGCCUUCAACGGCCUCGACCAGGACGACAUGGACAUCGAGGACGACGACGACCCCUUCGGCGCCUUCAGCCGCUUCGGCUUCAACGGGCUGAACGGGGUGCACCGGCGGCACCAGGAGUCGAUCCCGCCGCGGCGCAAGGUCCAGGACCCGCCCGUGGUGCACGAGCUGCGGGUGUCGCUGGAGGAGAUCUACCACGGCUCCACCAAGCGCAUGAAGAUCACCCGGCGGCGGCUGAACCCCGACGGCCGGACGGUACGCACCGAAGACAAGAUCCUCAACAUCGUCAUCAAACGCGGCUGGAAGGAGGGAACCAAGAUCACCUUCCCCAAGGAGGGGGACGCCACGCCCGACAACAUCCCGGCCGACAUCGUCUUCGUGCUCAAGGACAAGCCCCACGCCCACUUCCGGCGGGACGGCACCAACGUGAUCUACAGCGCCAUGAUCAGCCUCAAGGAGGCUCUGUGUGGCUGCACGGUGAACAUUCCCACCAUCGACGGCCGCGUCAUCCCGCUGCCCUGCAACGACGUCAUCAAGCCAGGCACCGUGAAGAGACUUCGGGGCGAGGGGCUGCCCUUCCCCAAGGUCCCCACCCAGCGCGGCGACCUCAUUGUCGAGUUCAAAGUGCGGUUCCCGGACAGGAUAGCCCCUCAGACCAGACAGAUCCUGAAACAGCACCUGCCCUGCUCCUAGGCCUAGGCCCCGACCUCGGCCCCGGCCCCGGCCCCGGCCCCGGCCCCACAGCCAUAGCUAGCUCCCUGCCCCUCUGGCCUCGCCUGGGCCCCGGGCCCCGAGCCCUUCCCUGCCCUCUGGAGGCUGGGGACUGUUUUCUGAAAUGCAAAAAAUCCCCUCCGUCGGCCCCCUCCGGCCACCCCGCCGCCCCCUCCCCGCCCCCGGCGUCUCUCCGGAGCGGGCUGACGGGGAGCAGCCGGGGCCCUGGCUGACGGGCUCCUCUAUCGUGUUCAACUGUUUUGGAUCCGGGUUUCUAACUCCUUUCCCCGGAGGACGACUCCACUUGAGUGUUACUUGAAAAGCAUAGUUUUCCCUCUACAGAAACGCAGUCUGUAAAUAGCAUGUCCGCACCCGACUCUCCCCGCUCCACCGAGUCACCCCCUCCCCCCCGCCCCGGCCCCGGCGCCCCGGGGCUGACACCCGAAGCGGCGGCCUCCCCCGGUCCCCCCGCAGCUCGACGGGUUCGAGGGGCCGGUCUGGGGCCGGUCGGCUUUUGCCCCCAGCAGUCCGUUCUCUGCUCCGACAGGCACCCUCGCAGUCUCAGAUGCCCACAUAGACGCCCGCGUGACAGGCACACCUUCCGUAAUGACGGCGGUAUUCGAGUGGGGCUCACAGUGUGAGGAGGAGGGAGAACAGGUAUCGAGUCCCCAUUUUCCAGAUGAGGAAACCGAGACUCA